AUGAACCCCCUCGACCGCUGGAGGAACUCGCCGCCCGAGGAAGAGCCGGUUUCGUUGGACGCCAUCGCAGAAGCCAUCGGUGCAUCACAGAAUCUUCCCGACCUAAGUUCUUCCAUCGACUUGACUGAGCCAGCGAGCAGGAGUCACUGCCAGACCGCACUCAGCACCGACUCCAUCAGCUCCCUCGGAUCCUCCGACCAAAGCAACUCAAGCAACUCCUCCGCACGCUCAUACGCCUCCGACUCGCUCUUCAACAUCCGGACGCAAGACGGCCGUCGCCGCAGACGGCGAAAGAACCAAAAGUACCGCAACCCGCUCGCCGCGUCCACCACCGACGGGGCAAAGCGCAUCUACCAGUGCACCUUCUGCACCGACACCUUCAAGUCGCGGUACGACUGA